AUGGGCAGAGUGUAGCUGCGCCGUCAGUUAGUUUACUGUUUGAAUGUGAUGAGCUGCAGACCCGGUACCGGAACGACGAGCGGGGGUCUUUUGUGUGUUUGGACCUCAGCUAGCGGUGUGAAGGACUGACAGGCGGCUUUUUGUGUGUGUGUGUGUGUGUGUGUGUGUGUGUGUGUGUGUGUGUGUGUGUGAGAGAGAGUGUGUGUGGCAUGUGAUACAGACAAGAGGCUGAGGCGUGUUCAUGUCUCACGGACGUUACCGGGAAAAAGAAAGGAGGAAAAGAGGACGAAGAAGAAGAGGCUUUCUUUCGUCUCGUCCUGCGUGUGGAUGUGACCCGGGUUCAUGACGACAUGACGGAGCAGCCCUGCCUGUGGAUUUUAAGGGGCUCAUGCUAGUUGUUGAACGGCUGUCCAAUUAAACGAACAAUGACUUAGAGCGCAACAUUUUUUUCGUGCGGACCGUGAACGCAUCUUCAUUCUGUGGCUGAAGCUGGUUAAACACAUUAAAAACGCGCAGGGUGGAUCAGUUCAGGCGCGGCCAGGAGAGCCAACAAUGCGGAUUACCCUCUUGACUAUUUGCCUUUGUGUCAAGACAGACUGCGUGAAGUUGAGAUAAGCCUCACAGGGAGACAUAUCUGGAUCAUUAAUUGUAUUAAAUAGUCUUUGGGAAUAAGGAGACAGUGCCUUGACGUGCAGUGCAAACCCCACAUGUGCACAGGUUGACUGUGAACCAGCAAACUGACUGAAAAAGGAGCAACAGGGACAACCAUGGCGAACGACUCCAUUCAAAGUGAUCCAGGAGGGCUGUCGGUUCUGGAGCAGCUCGGCCUGGACCAGAACUCUGAUUUCUCCGACUCCAGCGUGCAGCAGCUGUUGGACGAGCAGCGCGAGAGGAUCCGCAGAGAGAUCCGGAAAGAGCUGAAGAUCAAGGAAGGAGCCGAGAACCUGCGCAGGGCGACGACUGACAAGAGGAACGCUCAGCAGGUGGACAGUCAGUUGCGAUCUUCAAACCGCAGGCUGGACGACCUUCACGCUCAGCUGCAGGAGCUGGACGCUCACAUCGUGGUGAAGGGAGGAGAGGAGAACAAAGAUGAGUGUCCUCAGUCUCCGGGGGCCGCGAGUCGGACGUCAGCGCACAAGGAUCGCAUCGCCGCCCUGGAGAGGCAGCUCAACAUCGAGCUCAAAGUCAAACAAGGGGUGGAAAAUAUGAUCCCCAUCUACUCCAAUGGAUCCACCAAGGACAAGAAGAUGCUGCAGACGGCCCAGCAGAUGCUGCAGGACAGUAAGACCAAAAUUGACAUCAUCCGCAUGCAGAUCAGGAAGGCUGUGCAGGCCACGGAGCACAACGACGACACACAGGGUAACCAUGACCUCUGCGGGGUGGAGCUGCGUAUUGAAGAGCUGAGGCAUCACUACAGGGUCGAACAUGCCGUCGCUGAGGGGGCCAAGAAUGUGCUCAGACUCCUGGGGGCCAACAAAGUCCAGGACAAGAAAGCUCUGUCAGAGGCGCAGUCUCGUCUGAGCGAGGCGUCUCAGCGUCUCGACCUGCUGAGGGACGCUCUGGACCAGCGACUAGCGGAGCUGCCGGAGGACCACCCCAAAGCCAACGUCAUCAAAGAGGAGCUGGUCCUUGCCUCCUCUCCUGCCUUCAGCUCGCGCCACGGCGCCCCCUACCUCCACAACCAGUACAGCACCCUGAACAAACCCUCGCCUCUCACCGGUACCUUACAGGUGCAGCUCCUGGGCUGUGUGGGCUUGUUGGAGGCGGUGCCCGGUCGUAAUAAAGGGAGCGCCGUCAUGCUGCCGUGCUACAGCCCCGGAGACACCCGGUCCUUCAUGAGGGGCAGCAAAGGACUGUACGGACGGAGCGGCUCGGUCAGCGGGAAGACGCCCAGCAAGACGGACGAGCUCUGCUCUGAGGUGAGUGCUGUGCUGAAGCUGGAUAACACAGUGGUGGGUCAAACCGCCUGGAGGACUGUAGGAGAACAGGCCUGGGACCAGACCUUCACUGUGGAGCUGGAGAGGACGAGGGAGAUGGAGAUCGCUGUUUACUGGAAGGACUACCGCUCGCUGUGCGCUCUGAAGUACCUGAAGCUGGAGGAGUUCCUGGACAACCAGAAACACACAGUUCAGCUGGAGCUGGAGCCGCAGGGCCUGCUGCUGGCCGAGGUGACCUUCUUCAACCCGGUCAUCGAGAGAGUCCCUCGCCUCCAGAGACAGAAGAAGGUGUUUUCUAAGCAGCAAGGUAAGGCCUUCCUGCGGGCUCGCCAGAUGAACGUGGAUAUCGGGACGUGGGUGAGGCUGCUGCGAAACGCCAUUCCCACCUCCAACAACUCAGGAACCUACAGUCCUCACGCACACAGCCUGACUCUUAACUCUGGGGAGGUCUCAGUGGAGAAGUUGAGUUUGGACAGCGACUCGCCGAUACGAGGCGAUUACAAGAGAGACGCGGACACACACACCCCGGACCGACCUCCUGUCAUUGAGCCCUUCUCCCCCCCAGACCUCACCCCUGAGGGCCCCGCCCGAACCCCGCCUGUCAGCAGUAAGCAGAGGAAAGGUCCUCUGUCUCUUCAGGACUUCAGGCUGAUCGCCGUGUUGGGCAGAGGACACUUUGGGAAGGUGUUGCUGUCAGAAUACAAGAAAACGGGCACGAUGUACGCCAUCAAAGCGCUGAAGAAAGGAGACAUCGUGGCUCGUGAUGAGGUGGAGAGUUUAAUGUGCGAGAAGCGCAUCUUUGAGGUGGUGAACCUGUCGCACCAUCCCUUCCUGGUCAACCUGUUUGCGUGCUUCCAGACGUCGGAGCACGUGUGUUUUGUGAUGGAGUACACGGCGGGAGGCGACCUGAUGAUGCACAUCCACACGGACGUCUUUACAGAGCCACGAGCCGUGUUUUAUUCCGCCUGCGUAGUUCUUGGACUUCAGUUCCUCCACGACAACAAGAUUGUGUACAGAGACCUCAAGCUCGACAACCUGCUGCUCGACACGGACGGCUACGUGAAGAUCGCCGACUUUGGGCUUUGUAAAGAAGGAAUGGGCUUCGGGGACCGGACCAGCACCUUCUGUGGGACGCCGGAGUUUUUGGCCCCGGAGGUGCUGACAGACACGUCGUACACCCGGGCAGUGGACUGGUGGGGACUCGGGGUCCUCAUCUAUGAGAUGUUGGUGGGAGAGUCUCCAUUCCCAGGGGACGAUGAAGAGGAGGUGUUUGACAGCAUAGUGAAUGAUGAAGUGCGUUAUCCACGCUUUCUCUCUACUGAGGCUAUCGGUAUCAUGAGAAGGCUGUUGAGGAGAAACCCUGAGAGAAGACUGGGCUCUGGUGAAAAGGAUGCAGAGGAGGUGAAGAAGCAGCCGUUCUUCAGAAAUGUGGACUGGGAGGCGUUGCUGCAGAGGAAGCUGCCCCCUCCCUUCGUCCCCUCCAUCGUCGGCAAAGAGGACGUCAGCAACUUCGACGAGGAGUUCACCACCGAGGCGCCGACGCUCACGCCUCCGCGGGAGCCUCGCGUGCUCUCGCGCAAAGACCAGGAUAGUUUCCGGGACUUCGACUACGUCUCCGACCUCUGCUAGUGGACCUCCAGGGGCAGGGGGGUGGGGGCUCACAGACCUCGAGGAAUGUUUUAUUUUGAAGGAUUCAUGGCCGAGCGUCUCCACUGACUCUCCCUUAGUUACACUGUGAAUGAAUGAGUCUUUAUCAUGUGUGUCUGCAGACUUUUAAAGAUGGAGGACUGACGAUAUGAAACCCCGCUCAGGUAGCUGACGGGCGGACAUGUUCCAUCACAAAGGACAAACCUCUCUCUCUCUCUCCAAUCAUUGUACAACACAGCAGUGAGUUGUGUUCCUCUGCCUUUAAACGCCUCCUCCCUCCUCUCAUGUAUCAUCGUGGUCGUCGUCUGCAGCUGUGAGAGGCGGAGCUCGCCGUCUUCUCGUAGUGUUUUCCUGAGGCUUCCUGUCGGCCUCUAAUAACAAUGCCUUACAUUUGUACUUGUGCGUGAUCCACAUAAAAGCAUUUUUUGUUUUUAUUGUGUGAGCCUCUGUCUG